GUCUCCCCACUUUACCUCCCUACAUUAUUUCUUUCCCUCCUGCAAAGAUCCCUGCUUUCAAUCCCAUUUCCCAUUCCCACCAUUGUUUAAUCACUACCCUUUUCUCCUAACUAGCUUUGCUUUCUUUCUCCAACCUCUUUUUCUUUGGUUUUUCCUACUCAGAUUCCUUGUAAAGCAAAACCCUUUUCUCUUCUCAGAAGUGAAAAUGGUGAAGCGACUUUGUUGCUCUGGGUGGUUGGUUUUUAGUAGCUGUCUACUGCUAGCAGCUCUUGUUUCCUCCAAGCACCAUGAUAGUUACAUAUGAUGGGUGACUUGGUGGUGGUUUGUCCCUCAGGAAACCCUGCAAAUGAUCUUGUUGAGAUUAUCAACAACAAUCGAACGUCUCACAAACUUUCCAAACUAAAUGACAGUCCUGGACUUGGGUGUAUGGCUCUGCAAUUUGCUAAAUCAUGCAAGGGAAACUGUAGUAGGAAUGGCACUAUCAACUGUACGCCAUCUGAAGACGACUUCACCGAAGUGUUUGCCCCAAAUUGUGGCGUUGAGCUACCCACUUUCGGCACCAUAACUGGAUACAUGGUGGGUUGUCACUCCAAGUAUCUAGAGCCAUCAUUAGCUUUUAUAAAUGUUCUUGUUGGAAACAACAUGGCUUUGUCAAUUCUUCGGAAUAAGUCACAUAAUGAGGUGGGAGUAGGUAUGGUUGGGGUUCACAAAGGGCCCUUCUUUUGGACUGUGCUCUUCAGUAGUGGGAAGACAAACUCUACAUUUGUUCUAGAAAAUCGGGGUGCGGGGAUUCAGCAGAAGAAAGGUUGCUAUAGUGGAAGCAGCAUCCCUUGCAGUGCAGGACAAAAGAUUAAAGCUGGUUCUGUGAUUUUCAACAAUGUUAUGAUCAUAGGUUUUCUUUGUGCUCAUCUUCUGCAAAAGUUGUACUUCAACUUAUUAUGAUAAUUUGAAAUGUUUCACUAGACAAUGCUCAAAUGUUUGUUACAAGUUUACCCAAGAAAAGGGUAGUGAGAGAUAGUUAGACACUUAGACAGACAAAAAGUUUUUGAUUUACAAUGUAUGUUUCUGCUUUUAUCCUUCAUCUUCUUCUUGGAUUUUCUUCAUGUCAGUUUGUCGAGGUAUAGACCCUAAAAGGUUCGAAAUGCCUAGCUUCAAUCUAU